AUGGCACACCUCACACCCAUGAUCAUCCCACAAACGUGCACGUCUCACCAGUGUUACAUGUGUGCUAGCCGCAUGGGCGUGGGGUCGGAUGUGCGAUUUGAUUACUGUGAUUUUAUGAAAACAAUGUGGCAGUCAUUUUUUUGUUUUCAUAUGUGUGUCUGUGUGUAUCCAGGUGAAGGAGCUAUAUCAGGGAGUGCUUGGGAAACUGCAGCUCCUCCACCCACGCCUGAUCACUGAGGAGAGGAUGGGGGAGGGCUAUGAGAGGGUGAAGAGGGAGGUGGAGAGGGAGGUGGUGCGGCGGAAGACUCUGGCCUCACAGCUGAGGACUCUGCUCGACAGCCAGCUGCAGGUGCUGAGGCGAGAGCAGCAGGCCCAGCAGAGGGUUCACAGUGUGCUCACAGCCCAGCUCAGAGAAUGUACCAGACUCCUGUCCAAGAUUAACAGCAACCACCAGCAGAAUUUGAUCCAGAGGCUAACGUCCCUGGUGGAUGAGAUGGGAGAGCUGGUGUCAGCGGAGUGCCAGCGUCAGGGGGCCUGGGGGUUUCUGGGUGAGGGUAUAGGGGCCAAGCUGCUCUGCCCUGACACUGGAACUGUGCUGACCAAGGACCACAUCUUUGGUCCUGAUGGGUCUCUGCGUGUCAGUCGGGCACUUCACUGUGAUUCAGUCACAGGCCUCAUAAGGCCAAAUGCUCACAGCCAUAUGCUGCUGAGCAGCGGCCACACCAUGGCGGUGCCACCUGAUUUCUUCGUCCACCCACAGACCAGCAGAGUUAUGCCCAUAGCUGGCAACGUGGCCUACGAUCCUGCAAGCUCUACUCUAGUGUUCACAACUGACUCAUGCACAGGAGACAGCAGGAAGUGGGACAGUCCUCUUCUUCCUUUCAUUCCCUACCCAACCUCCUGCCACUCAGACCAGCCUCUGCCCAGCACCCGGCUCAGAGGCCUCAAACCGGGCCAGAGACUGCAGCUGGGUGUCCCCAUGGCAGACCCAGACACAGGGGUCCCAGUGCCCAUUCUGGCUGUAACCAUCCACCCCCAGACAGGACUAGUCUACCCAUUGGGAGGGGUGCAUGUCUGUCCCCUCACCCGCCUCCCUCAGCCGAUACAGAUUGGCUACCCCAUGCUGGACUCCAGGACGGGGAAUGUUGUGCUCACUGUUGGGGUCAGUCUAGAUCCAGUCACAGGAGCUGUGCUGCCAGUAGGUGGAGUUCUGUUGGCCGAGUCCUUCAUCGAACCUCUGAGUGGGCGGAUGGUGAGAGUAGGGGGGGCCAGCAUACGCGCUGGGCAAGCGGUGCCUAACGCAGGAGGAUACCAGGCCCUUCUAGACAGCAAGGUUCUGGCGGUGAUGUUCAAAGUAUUGGAGCUCCUAAAGCCACUAACUGAGGAGUGGGGGUCGGACCAAACUUUGCAGCACCACCAGGGCAGCGAGAGAGGGAGCGGUCGACAAGAUAAUUUCCUCAGUGUAGCUAAGGAGCUCCAGCAGGCCUGGGGAAGGAGCCUGCACUGUCAGCUGCAGCUGCAGACUAGGUUGGGUAUCCUGCUGAACUGGGCUGUAGGUCUGCAGCAGGAUGGAGGCAUUCUGGGAGAGAUGCCUCUUCCAGGUUCAGAUAUGUGUGUGCCAGCUCUGCUGGGGCUGGAGUACCCUGACCCUAUGGGGUCUGGUCUCUGUGUACCUGUGCUGGGGUAUCAGACUGACCUUGUCUCUGGGACUAUUAUACCAUUGGCAGGGACUAUGGAGGACCCUGGAGGUAAAGGCCUGGUGGCCGUCCGUUAUGGAUCACAGACUGUUGACCCAGUGACAGGUGUGUUGGCCACAGUGGUUGGAGCCAGGCUGGAUGUGUCCAGGAAAACCAUUGUACCUGUAACAGCUUCCUACUGGCUAACAAUGGCAGACCAAACUGAUAGUGUGCAGGUAGAGGCGCUACAGAGAGAAGUGUGUGUGCGAAACACUUACUGGCAGCAACAGAGGCAGCGGGAGGAAGAUAUUGUCUCUGACCUGGACUCAGCUCUAUUCCAGUGUCUCUUUAGAGGCACAGAAGCAAACUCUUAUCAGGUCCAGUGGUCAGGGAGACAGCUGAAGGAAGCAGCCGUGGAGCUGCAGGAUUCAGCACAGACCGAGGCGCAGAGGAGAGCAGCUCAGCGCUCCCACUUGGCUCUGAUCUUGCCUCCGCAUGUAUUACACAUACUCACACAGGGUGACGAGCAGGAGUGGGAUCAGCAGUGUGUCUGGCACUCAGAGCUCGUGUCGGGCCUUGAUAAGGUGGACGUUUGUAUGGAGCAGCUGCAACAAGACAAAGAAAAAUGGACAACACAUGGAGGAGACUGGGCCACAACCCUCCAUGCUCUGGACAGAGAGCUGAGACAGAGAGAGUUGUGGGAGCAGUGUUGUUCCAGACAGACAGAGUUGGAGGCUGCUCUUAACGCACUGCACUUUGUCAGACACCUUUCGCAGCUCCAUGCCGACACUACUCAGGCAGUACUGUGUGGGAACUUUUGGUACAAGGAAUAUGGUCUGCUCCAGUGCUGUGGACACAGACCUUCUGCGGAGGUCGUAGGUUCGCUCCAGCAGAUGGCUUUGCCUCUGCUAGAGAGACUGAACCAACUCCUGGAAGACAAACAGCCUGCCAGCUUCUCCCCCAACACCUGCAAUCAGCACAUUUCUGGUUUGUCCACAAAGCAGGCAUAUGGGCUGGAGAUAGCCUCCAGAGUCUGGACAGCCUCUGUGCCUGUGGUGAAAGGAAUCUCCACCCAGUCUUUGAGGGAGCCUGCCAAUUUGGCUCAACCCCAGGACGCUGAUUUGCAGGCCAGUUCGGCACCGACACACACCUCACAAAGACACACCACAUCCUCUGGCAUUCACUCCCAGGAGAGCCAGCCGAUGAAAGAGUCUGCUCAGCCGACACACGGUAUCACAGUCCCCACGAUUCCAGAAGAGGAAUGGGCCAAGCUGCUGGAACUCUCGCCUCUCUUCCAGCUGCUGAAGAGGAUGGAGCUGCAGCUAAAGGGUUGGGCCUGUGGGGCAGGGCUUCUUAGAGGAGAGCUUGCUGACAGAGGCAAGAGUUUCAUAGACGUCCUCGAUGCUCAGUGGGAAUGUGAGGGAGAGCUGAUCCCUUUGGACCUGUCGGUGCUUAACCCCAGAGAGUUCCUGGUCUACCAGCACGGACUGUACCUGAUACACACAUUGCAUAAUCUAAAACUGACUCCAGCCAUUUCACUUCAGAUAGCAGCUAGUCUCCCAAACAACAACUAUUUCAACAACGCCUUCAGAAACUCCUUCUUUUAUCAGGAGGCAGAAGAGGCACUCUUUGUCCGUCGCCAGAGGCUCCAGUCAGUUGGAGGUUUCUCUCUGCUGCUGCUUCACUGUCUGUCCCAUGUUAAGAUGAAAGACAUGAGCUCUGACUCUGGUCCUGCCUUCCAGAGGCUUUUUUUCAAGAUACUGCAGGCAUGUCUGGGGGAGCUGUUUCAAGCCAGACUGGGUAUGCCGUCAUCUGGACAGGAAGCCAAUGUGUGCGUGUGGCUUAAGGACCAAGAGGCCCCUUCAGGAGUCCUAAAGGGGACUCUUUCUGACCCUCAUGCUGCCUCCCUGCUUUAUAGGUUGCACAAACCAAGCAGAGGAUUGCUGUCUGAAGACGACGUUGAGGAACUUCAGAGGAAGCACAGGGAAACAUCUCUACUCUCCCAUCUUGAGGGACUUUUAAAGGAGAAGAGCUCUGAAGCGUAAGGGAAAUUCUUCUAUUUGAAAGAGAAAAAACACACCCAACAUAGAACCAGUUCUUUAUUGCAAGAAGCAUGGGAGGAGCAAACGUCAUAGAUGAACUACAGUUUCUCUGUGAGGCUGAGAAAAUGCAGGCGUUUAAUCCAGAGAGACAAACAAGGGUGAAGGAUGGGCAGAUGCUUUGCAGAGGAAAUUAUCUCCCGGAAGACAGAAUCAACAUCCCUUUCUUUUGGUAACAGGAACUUCUUUUCUUCCAGGGAAUAAGCAUACCACUGUAAGCUCUGUGCGAUAAGAACUUGUUUUCCACAAGACGCCUUGUCUCGCCCUCAGUAACUCCCUCUUUGUCCUAAGACAUUUUGAUACAUUACAGAGCAUAUAGUGCAUUGACUGCAAAAAUGCAAUUAAUGCAAAACAGUUUGUCCCACAGAAGCCGCAGAGAAACCUUUACGCUCUAAUGUAAUUUGUUUACUAUUUUUAUAUUGCCUGUUUUGAUAAGAUGAUAUCAGUUCAAAGAAGUCCUGCAAUCAGAGUGGAAAUGACAGCUAUGGCAAGGCAAGGCAAUGAACUGAAGGAUAAUGUAUACAGAAGGCUGUACGUACUCACUCUGUUUUUCAUUGUUUUGGAUUUCAGUGAGUAACCAUUACUUUAAUCUUAAUGUGAUCCAUAAAUCAAACCCUUAACCUACUCCUCAUGUUCCACUGUCAACGUUACCUUUAACCAUUUCACAAUUGGCACAGUUUCGUCAAAUAUACUAGGAUCAUCUUACUAAAUUACUUUAAUAAAUUCUGAGUCAAAGGGUGAGGCUUUAAUGCUUUGCUGUCGUUUAUAUUGAGGUAGGAUAAAUUUUCAAUGAUGUAACUUUGAUCCAAAUAAAAAAAAACAACAGCUCAGGUCUUAUACCUUUAAACUGAGUGGUGUUAUUGAAAUAUGAUAAAGUAUUGGUCUAAACAUCUAAAAAUACUUUAAAUGAAGAGUUUCAAAAAGAAGUAGGAUAAAGUAAAUGUAAUUGUGAGACAAAAAUGGCAAUUAACAGCAUUUUUAGAUGAUUUUAAGAAAUGGGUGUGUCUCAUUAUGAAAAGUUACUUUGCUUUGUCUCUUACCAUAUCAUUAUCUCUGACCUUACUUCAAUCCCGGUAAUCACUGAUCACAAAAACAUUCAUGUUGCACUGUUUAUUAUUUUUUUGUUUUAAACAACACAACAUUUCUUCUUAUACAAAUCAUACAUGUUUUUGGCUUUUACCAUCACAAGCUGUGUAUUAUAAUGGCAUUCCUGGGACGCUUAUAUAGGCGCCUGG